AUGGCGUUAUAUCGAUUUUGGUUUGAAAACAUUUUACGACACGGGCUAAUCGUGUUUUAUUUGAAUGUAUCCUACUCGCACAAGUUCUUAAUAAAUCUUUUCUUACAUACAGUCUGUUUUACUCGAUACUGCGGAGGGCAAGAGCGGCCAACGGAAGCGGAGGCGGUGGCGGGAGCGGAGAUAGACGCGUUCAAUGACGCCACACAUCCAAAUGUAUUGAUGCAUUUACACUAA